AUGGGUUUUCUCAAUCUUUCUUGCAUAGCUGAAUCUUCAAUCUCAACCUCAAAUUCUGCCACAUCUUCAAAACCAAGCAAGAUCCAACACUUUCACUACAGUGACCUUGAAGCUGCAACCAAUGGUUUCUCAGACAACAAACUUCUUGGCAAAGGAAGCCAUGGUUAUGUCUACAAAGCAAUUCUCCGUGGUAAGCCUGUAGCUGUCAAAAGACCAUCUAGACCUCACUCUCUUCUCCAUCCUAACAGACCCGUCUCAGCAUCUUCCCCUGAAAUCACCAAUGAAGUUGAUAAUGAAAUCGAUAUCUUGUCCAAAAUUCAAAGCCCCAGGUUGGUUAAUCUUGUUGGUUUCACCAAUGAUUCAAAGGAUAGGCUUUUGGUUGUUGAGUUUAUGAGCAAUGGUACACUUUUUGAUGUUCUUCAUUCUUCUAAUAGAACGCUUAAUUGGGGUAGAAGAAUUCGUUUAGCUUUGCAAACUGCUAAAGCUGUUGAUGUUCUUCAUUCAUCAAACCCGCCUGUCAUUCAUAGAGAUAUUAAAUCUGCUAAUGUUCUUAUUGAUCAAGAUUAUAAUGCUAGGUUAGGUGAUUUUGGUUUAGCACUUAGGGGUUUUGAUAGGAUAAGGUCAACUCCACCGGCCGGUACUAUGGGCUAUCUUGAUCCUUUUUAUGUAACACCUGAUAAUUUGAGUACUAAGAUUGAUGUUUUUAGUUUCGGGAUUUUGUUGUUGGAGAUUAUAAGUGGAAGGAAAGCAAUUGAUGUUGCUUAUUCGCCACCAUCCGUUGUGGAUUGGGCUAUUCCACUUAUUAAGAAAGGCAAGUUUUUUACUGUUUAUGAUCCUAGAAUAGCACCUCCUAAGGAUCCUGUUGUGAGGAAACAAUUGGUUUUGAUUGCGGCCAAAUGUGUUAGGUCUUGUCGGGAAAGAAGGCCUUCUAUGAAUGAGGUUGUUAAUUGGCUCUGUGGGUUGUGUAAAUUGGUUCCAAAUCAUUCGUGGAAUGGUUUCAAUAAUCCUUGUAUGAUGGUUGAAACUGUCGGGCGUCCAAUUGAACCAAGAAAUGGCCAGGUCAGUUCGAGGUUUGCAGAAGAGAAUUUUAAUGGUUUGGAUGCUAGAUUGUCAAAGUCUGCCUUGAGAUACUCGAGGAGAGUGUAUUCUGAUUUAGGCAUCAGCAGCAACUUGAUGGAUCUUAUGGCUACGACCGAGGAUGUGGAGUUUCAAAGAGAUGGUUACGGUGUUGUGGAACAUAGUUUUAAAUCAGCUGAACAAGUUUCUAGUUCAAGAUUUGGUAGUGGAAGAUAUUUCACAAGAGGAAAAAAUUUAUACAGGCCUUGUGGUACUGAUAAGGAUGCUUUUGGUUUGAAUAAAGGCCAUGUUGUGGAGGAGAAUUCUUCAAAACAAGAUGAGGUUUCUGGGUCAGCUUUCAAUUCUGUUGCAACCAAGGCCAUCUAA